AUGCUUUUACCCCCUCACCCCGGUGCAUAUCAUAUGACGUGUAGCCAGGAGUCCAGUGAAGACCUAAGAAUUCUAAAGAAGCGCCUGUUCAGCUUGAUCAAUGAUCUGCCCACAGUCUUUGAAGUUGUGACUGAAAGGAAACCUGUAAAAGACAAGCCAACUGCAGAUAGCGGAAGCAGAUCUCGAAGCAACAAAAAGCGAUCUAGUGAUGGUCAGGUGAAGAGCACCCCCAAAUUGGCAGAUGAAAGCUACGAGGAGGAGGACGAUGAGCAUAGUGAAACACUAUGUGGAAGCUGUGGCGGAAAUUAUGAUGCAGAUGAGUUCUGGAUUGGCUGUGACAUUUGUGAACGGUUUGCAAGGUCGUCUGGUUGCAACAUGGACUCAAAUCAGUUGACUGGCACGUUGAAGGAGCGGUUAAAAUGGACGAAUGAAUUGCAUGAAUUGUUCGAGAAAGCGGUUAAUCAGAUAGGAGGACCAGAUCGGGCAACACCAAAAGGAAUUCUGAAAGCAAUGGCAAUUCCUGGAUUAACUAUAUUUCAUGUGAAAAGCCACUUACAGAAAUAUAGGAUGUCAAUAUUCACUCCUGAAGGUGGUCACAGAGACAAGAGUGAGCGAAGAAGUAUAUCAGAAGAAUUGCCAAAUUUUAGCACAAAAUCAGGUGUACAGCUAAAUGAAGCAUUAAGAAUGCAAAGGGAAGCACAAAGAAGAUGGAACGAUCAAAUAGAGGUUCAAAAGAGCUUGAAAAUGAAAAUUGAAGCACAAGGAAGAUUUAUGGACCGUAUAUUUGAGGAAUACAAGAAUCGGGCACCCAGUAGUAUGCCAAACAAGCCUUAUCCUUCUGUACUAUCACUGCCUUCUCUAAGUGAAGAAUCUGAUCGAUCAAAUGAAAAGGAAUUUGAAUCUGAUUCUGAAGUGGAAACAAAAGGAUUCGAGGUUGAAUUUCGAGCACCAAAAAAGAUCAGAAUCCAUGAAGAAAUUCUACCAAAUUUUAACGUGUUUCCUCUUGAAGGAAUGAAUAAUAAUCCAUUUGCAGUAAAUGAUGAAAUAGGACUUCUUCCAUGGAGUGUUGGAACCUUUCAGUCCCCAUUGCUGCCAGCUUCUUUAUACAAUCCUCUAAAUUAG